UUUCCAAAAACUGAAACCCACCAUCGUGAUUGUUCACCACCACCUAUCACCAUGUUCCGCCACACCCACCACAGCAACGACAACGAUAACAACCCCCCUUACCCUCCACCGGGACCAAACUCCCUUCACAACCCUCACCAACCACCGCCACCACCACAACCACAGCCACAUCCACCCUUCUACGGUGCACCACAACCACCACCAUCACACCAUGAACCAGUUCCUCAAGUGUACCACGCCUCUCACCAAGCACCACCACCACCACCUAACCCUUACGGUCACCCAUCACCAGCACCAGCACCAGCUCCAUCUCUUGGCUCUGUUCACCAUGUAUCUCACACUAACCAGUCUCCUUCACCCAAUGUUCGCCACGUGUCACACGAGUCUCACCUUCCUCCCAACCGUGCCGAUUUCGCUUCUCCAGUUUCUGGUACUGUUCACCAUGUGAGCCACCAGAGUGGUGGCGGUGCUGCUGGUGGCUCCGCCGCGGUUUCCAACAAGAACAUAGUGAAGGUGGUCACAAAGGCCGAUCCCAAUUACUGCCUCACCAUUCGCGGCGGCAAGGUCAUCCUUGCGUACUCUGAUCCCUCUGACGAGUAUCAGCGUUGGUACAAGGAUUUGAAAUACAGCACAAGGGUGAAGGAUGAAGAGGGUUACCCUGCGUUUUCUCUUGUCAACAAGGUCACCGGUGAGGCCAUUAAGCAUUCCGUUGGUGCCACUCAUCCAGUUCAACUGAUACAUUACAAUCCAGACGUCCUUGAUGAGUCUGUUCUGUGGACUGAGAGCAAGGACCUGGGUGAUGGCCAUAGGGCUAUCAGGAUGGUUAACAAUAUUCGUCUUAACGUAGACGCAUAUCAGGGUGAUAAGCGUUCUGGUGGUGUUCAUGAUGGCACUACUAUUGUCCUCUGGGAGUGGAACAAUGGUGAUAACCAGCAUUGGAAGAUCAUACCCAACUGAGUUAAUUGAUGAACUUUCUUGGCUUUGGAGAUGCGUUAUUAAUGUACUAUUUCUCUAUCCAUACAUUUAUGUCAAUUUAGGUGACAAUUACCAUAUACUAUGAUGAUACAUGUAGUUGGUGUAUGUAUCUCUGUAUUCAUAUAAUAUAUGAUCUAGUGUGAUGCAGUAUGGACCCUUUAUCUUA